AUAGAUGUGUGUUGAUGGGUGAUAGGGCAGUCAUGGCAGAUGUUGGGCUCGUCGACUGCGCAGCCUCCGCCACACAGUCGUGUCAACAAUUUCCACGGGGCGCAAUGCUACUGAAGUAAACACGCAUUAUCUGACUCCCAGGUGUCCAGAGCAUAUGCACCACACCUGCCACGCCGAAAUGUUCCAGCAAGUGACGUCAGCAGUGGUGGGGAGUGUGUGCCGAGCUCCCCUGGCAGUGGUGGUGGCAGCGGCAGUGGUAGCAGUGGGCGUGGUGGCCAGGCAGCAGCAGGGGCCCCUCACUUGCUGGUCCUGCCUGGCUCACACUCAAGGAUCAGACUGCUUUGAACUGGACUAUGAGAACAUGACCCUCACCAAGAUGUGUAACCUGGAGGAGGUGUUCUGCAUGGUGAAUCGCAUCUGGUAUGUGGUGGAGGUAGGAGCUGAGGCAAGGAACCUGAGUGUGAACCGCACCUGUGCCACUGACUGCAGUCCAUCCUGUGUGGUGAUUGGUGACAGGACCAAGAUCCACUCCUGCACCUCCUGCUGCACAACAUCCUACUGCAAUAUAGGCAGCUCUGCCUCAGCCCAGCCCAUAGCCAAUACCUGCCUGGUGGGGGCUGCCCUGUUGCUGGGGGCCUGGAGCAGCCUGGCCUCCCCUUGGACAUACACCCUGCCAGCUGGCUGAGCCAAGUCUGCUUUGCUUUGUUUGCAUAUUAUAAAAUUAAGUAUUUUUGUAAAAAUACCGAUGUAAUACUUUUGAUAACUAUUAUGCACUAGUCCUAUAGCACAUGCUCUCUGCUGUAAGAACUGAGUGGUGAUUUUCAAAUAGUAUUUAAGGUGCCAGUGACCAUUUGCCAUAAGAGAGCUUACAAGCCCAGCUUCCUUUAUAAGUGCCAGAACUACGGUACAGUACUUGCCUCAGCAAUGCAUUCCCUCACUCUGAUAACAGUGACAGAGAGCUUAGCUAGACUGUACCUGAGUGGUGUGGUAGUUUGGUGGCAGCAGCAGCAGCAGCAGCACAGUGGUGUGUGGCACAAGUGACUGGCAAGACCCUUGUGGUGUGUUGCUCAGUGUGGUGACAGUACUGUGGUGGACAGACUGGGUGGUGCUGAGGCUGCUUGAACCACAUAUUAGCAUGUUGAAUUAUUGUUGUUUGUUAAUCUAUAAAAGAUUUAAAAAGAAUUUCAUCAGGUUAAGGUUAUCUCUCUCUUUUUGACAAACUGUCAGUUGUUCAUGCUACCAGUUUUAAAGUAAUGUCUCAGACGUGUCAAUAAUUUUUACUUGCAGGAGUUUCUGCAUGCAGACAGUCUGAUUAGUGGGUAAGGCUUGCUGGGAGGUCUGUUGCAAGAUCAUCAGCUUUAUUAAUAUUUACAGGUUUGCUCAGAGUAAUGGGAUUCAUUGGAGAGUGUUGUGUGGCAGACACAGUGACUCACUGUGCAUUGCAAGGGAAUAGAGUAAUGGGCCUCACUGGCAGGGUGCUACUAUGUAAUGACUAUGCUCAGAUGUGACACACACCCUCACACACUCACCUCUGUCUGGCUCUUUUUGGGUAGUGGGCAUGCUUGGAACAUCUGCAGUUAGCAGCUUUACAGAUGUGGCAUGGUGUCAUAGUAAGUGUGAUCCAUGAAAUAAUGCCCUACCUAUGGUAAGAAGUAAUGACACAGGUAUUAAACAACAACAGCAGCUACUACUACUACUAAAUAUGGGAGAACAGGAUAGGAGAGAACAACACUUUCUUCUGAAUUACUAUACAUAUAAUCAAGUUUAUUAAUCAGAAAUAAGUAUUAUAUACAUUUAUUCAGAUGUUAAGGAAGGUAAUGAACUCAGCCCUUUGACUGCUAUUUGCCACAUCUUUCCUUCAUUACCAAUCAUUCUGAGGCAUCUUUACUCUUUCUACAACCAUAUCCGGUCUUUAAACUGGGUAGAAAUUGCCAAAUCUAUUCUUUUUAAUCUCCUUUAUUAUAGAUGUAUAUAAAGAUUUCAUGCAUUACUUCUGGUGCUGUUAAUUGUUUUGUGUCACAGUGAAAGGGUUAAGAGCAGAAAUAGAACAACUUGUAGAGACUGAGGCAGGACAUGACCAAGCUUUGAUGUAGAGAGAGGGAGUGAAAAGACCAGUGGGAAGACCGAAGAAGACCUGGCAGUGUAUGUGUGGGGAGAGAGACACAAGAACAAUGAAUAUUUGAGGAGAGAUCAGUAAUGUGAGUGAGAGAGAUUCAUAAGCUGUGUGAAAUAUGGACAUUAACUGAAAUUGAGAUGAUUGAAGGCAUUUACACCAUACAUCAAGCCACUGGGGCAUUUCUAAGUGGCUUCUACAAACUCAGUAUUCUCAAAUGUUUUUGCUCUAUCAUGACUACACUUCACUGCCUUGGGCGAGAAUUAUUGAGGUUUUCAAGGGCAUUUUAUCAAUUCUAGUCAGUUUCAAUAGGCUUUCUAAUAUAAGGUAACAGGGUUUUUAAAAAUAUUUUCAUGCUUCUUUUCCAUAGAAGUUAUCUCAACUGUGUUUCCAUGGUUCUAGUCAUAGUUAUGGAAGUUGUGGAAGUUACUGAGGUUUUCAGGGGUAUUUUGAUCAAUUCUAGUCAUAGUAUAUAGUAGCAGGCUUUCUAGUGUAAGGUACUGGGGGUUUCAAGGAUGUUUGCAUAGUUAAAGUUUUAAGAUGUUGUAAUGGAAGUUAUCAGGGUUUUCAAGGGUAUUUUCAGGAAUCUAAUCAUAGUUCAACAGGGAUUCUUCAUUAUUGAUAGGCAAAAACACCCAUGGGAACCCAAUUAAUUAAUCCUGUGGCCUUUGAGAACAGUCCUGAAUAGAGUCCAAGAUGUUUCAGAAUACAGAUCCUGGAUCAUGACUUCCAGAAUCUUUGCAGUCAACAUUCCUGGCACAUCAAUAAGCCAUGAGUACAUAUGUGAAUCAGAAAAACACUUUAAUUGGUGGUAUUAAUAAACAGUAUUGAUUCUUAA